CUGGGUGGGGGCUGAGGAGGAGCCUGCCAAUGAUCUGUUUCCUUUAGACAGUCUGUGUGCUUUUCCCAGUGGAAGGGCCGGCCCUCCCAAGCCAGAGCAUUGGGCAGGAAAACAGUCUGCCUUGAAAAGGCUCUACAUUCUGGGUUGCCUCCAUCCUAGCUAGUAAGAACCCAGACCUGGGACCUCUGCUCUGGGCCCCAUGUGCUACAAGAGCCCACAGGUGAUGCCUCCUCCAGGAUGAGGCUGAGAGGUUGUGGACAAGGAUGGAUGGUAGGCUCCCAGAGCCCCUUCGCCUCUCUGGUGGCACUCGUGGAAGGCAGGGCUCAGCUUUGGAUCCUAUGGCGGCCUGCCCGGGACUGGGCAAGUUCCGGCAAGGGACAUUCUAUUGAGUAUUGCAGAAAGUAGCAUGGAGCCCCUCCUGGGGUGGGUGUCUAGAUGUAGGAUGACAGCACUGUUGUCUGCUGUAAGGAUCAACGGGGAUGGCCAGGAGGUCAUGUACCUGGCAGAAGGUGACAAUGUGAGGCUAGGCUGUCCCUACCUCCUGGAUCCUGAGGAUUUGGGUACCAACAGUCUGGACAUUGAGUGGAUGCAAGUCAACUCAGAGCCCUCACACAGGGAGAAUGUUUUUCUUACUUAUCAAGACAAGAGGAUAGGUCAUGGCAACCUCCCCCAUCUGCAGCAGAGGGUCCGCUUUGCAGCCUCAGACCCCAGCCAGUACGAUGCCUCCAUCAACCUCAUGAACCUGCAGGUAUCUGACACAGCAACCUAUGAGUGCCGGGUGAAGAAGACCACCAUGGCCACCAGGAAGGUCAUUGUCACUGUCCAAGCACGUCCUGCGGUGCCCAUGUGUUGGACGGAAGGCCACAUGUCAAAGGGCAACGAUGUGGUGCUGAAGUGCUUUGCCAACGGAGGCUCUCAGCCCCUCUCCUACAAGUGGGCCAAGAUCAGUGGGCACAGUCACCCCUACCGAGCUGGGGCUUACCACUCACAGCACAGCUUCCACUCUGAGCUUUCUUACCAAGAGUCAUUCCACAGCACCAUCAACCAAGGCCUGGGCAACGGAGACCUGCUGUUGAAGGGCAUCAACGCAGACGACGAUGGGCUGUAUCAGUGCACAGUGGCCAACCAUGUGGGCUACAGCGUCUGUGUGGUAGAGGUGAAAGUCUCAGACUCCCAGCGAGUAGGCAUGAUCGUUGGAGCAGUGCUGGGCUCUUUGCUCAUGCUGGCCUGCCUGGCACUAGGCAUCUGGGGGCUCAUCUGCUGCUGCUGCGGAGGCGGCGGGGCCGGUGGUGCCCGAGGUGCCUUCGGCUACGGGGUCGGCGGCGGGGUCGGCGGAGGGGCCUGCGGCGACUUGGCUAGUGAGAUCAGAGUGGACGCCGAGGCGCCCGGGUGUAAGGCCAGCGGGCGCGGCAGCCGCGUCACCCACCUCCUGGGGUACCCGACGCAGAACGUCAGCCGCUCCCUGCGCCGCAAGUACGCGCCUCCGCCCUGCGGCGGCCCCGAGGACGUGGCCCUAGUGCCCCGCACCGCCUCCGCCUCCUGCGAAGCGGGUCCCUCCCCCGUCUACAUCAAGGUCAAGAGCGCGGAGCCGGCCGACUGCGCCGACUGUGCCCAGGUCGAGCAGCGCUCGUGCAAGGACGGCCUCUUAGUGUGAGCGCACAGCACCGGGCUGCGCCCCGGCUGGGAGGUGGUUCGGGGGCUCUCUGCCCGCAGCUGGGGACAGGUUCGGGCCAGCAGACCUGGCUCUCUCAUUGGCCACCUAGCGGUGGUAAGGAAAUUUCCCUCUGAGAAGCCAAGCCGGGCAGACCCUCCUCCCCUGUAGUGGGAGGAGAGGCGGGGGAGACAGAAAACAGUUCAGAGCUCUCCCUCACCCCUGGUUUCCAGGGAGAGGAAGGGAGAGGAGAGCUGUCGGUAUCCCAGAACCGCAGAGGUACAACCCAGAUGUCCCCAGCCAAGGCGAGGGCCCCCCAGCCCUGGGUAGGUGGAUGUCAGGGCUGAAUUGCUCUGUGUGUGAGAUCUGAGCUCCAAGGCAACAGUGUUAGCACAAUAAAGAAACUUAAAGACUGA